AAGGUGUUAUUUUACAUUCUCCAUGGCCUAAUCUUGAAUAUUUCGAUGGAAUUACUACAUUCUCUACAGAUAAUUAUUUUUCAUUAGCACUUGCAAUAAAUUUAAGACAAUUAAUAAUUGGUAAUGAUACGUAUUGGUUUGAAAUGACUGAUGAAGACCUAAGUAAAAUAAGUCCAAAAGAUAAUUUAUACAAAGGAUUUCCACCACUUUAUAUAACAGCUGGUACAGAUGAAAUAUCAAUUGAUGAAAUUCGUGAUAUGACUGAGAAAAUGAAAUCAUCAGGUGUAGAAGUUAUAUUAGAUGAAGGUGAAGGAUUGAUGCAUACAUAUGCUUUAUUUCAUCUGUGGUCAUCUCAAAGUAGACGGGUUCAAGAGAAAAUUCAUCAAUGGAUUCAAGAACAAUUGUUAAUUGGAAUGCAAUCAAAAUUCAAUAUAGAUAGGGCUACAACAAAUCCAUAG